UUUCAUAGAUCCAAAAAUUUCGACGUACAAAUCGAUCGAUGUUGCAACGAACUUCAGAAGAAGCGUAUUAUACGCCGUGUAUAUCACUACGGUGUGUCAUACUUAAAUUUGUAAACUAUGUAUCGGUUGUGCGUGUAAGCAGUGACUCAGGCUACCUUACGUACCUCUACAUCUACCUUCACUGGCCCCAGUUACCACAGCACCAGGCUGGCACAGCGAUGGAAUGUCUUAGUAUUCCAAUUACGCUUCAUAAAGAGACGGAAAUAAAUACAAAUGGUGAGGAAGUAAUGAAGUGUGGUUUCAAAAUAGGAGGUGGUAUUGAUCAAGAUUACAAAAAAAGUCCUCAAGGUUACACAGACAAUGGAAUAUAUGUUACAGAAGUACAUGAAGGAUCUCCAGCAGCAAAAAGUGGUUUAAGAAUGCACGAUAAGAUAUUACAAUGCAAUGGCUAUGAUUUUACAAUGGUGACUCAUAAAAAAGCAGUUGGAUAUAUUAGAAAACAUCCAGUAUUGAAUCUUUUAGUAGCUCGCAAAGGAGUGACAAGUACUUAAAAUAAAUGCUAAGAAAGAUGUGCUAUUUUUAUUAA